AGCUCCGGGGCAAGCAAUAGAUAUAUCCAGUCUUAAUAAUAUCAAGCCAAUCCAACCUAUCCGGUUAUGUUCCACUAAACCGGAGAAGGUGGAAACCUUCGCGUCCUUGUUCCGAUCCUGCAAGUUUACCCAGAUGGGGGACCCGGUGGGGAAGGUGGUUGUAGGGAAGAUUUAUCAUAUUGUCGAAGAAGAUCUGUAUAUUGAUUUAGGACUUAAAUUCCCCUGCGUCUGCCAGAAACCAAGGGAUAGCCGGGAGAGGUUUACUCGUGGUUCUGAGGUUCUGGUUCGGAUUAAUAGUUUAGAACUCUCUCAACGUUUCCUGGGAUAUGAUCAAGAUUUAACCCUGCUGGAAGCAGACGGUCAUCUAAUAGGACUUAAAAAAUAAAUUUAAUGUUUUAGA